CGAGCAGAAAAUAAAAAUAUCAGAGAAUAUUAAAGGAGGUAUUUUUCCUUUUCAAGAAAAAAAAUAUAAACGACGCGACAGCGUCAACGCCCCGAGUAAAAGAGUCAACGCUUUCAUUCACACACGUCAGAUGUUAUCUGCCGGGUGUUUUUUUCCUCAAAAUUUUACUUAAUUUUAACGGUAAAUUUAUUCUUAAACCUCUCCCUCUUUACUAGGGCUUCUUCCGCCGAAGGACAAAAAAAAAAAGAAAAAAAAAAUCUGUCGGCGUGCUUUCUCCUCUGCGCAUCAAGAUUUUCUGAGGUUUGUCCUCUGUUCUUUGUGAUUAAGUUAUGUUUCCUUCUCAUUUUUGGUUCUGAAUGUAGUUUAUUUGAUUGUUUCCCCUACUUGGGAAUAUAAAUUCUGGAUUAGUGGCAAAGGUUCUUUCGAUCUCUGUUAUGCUGUUCCUUUUUUUUAUUUGGAGGAUUUGAAUUGGGUUUCAGUGAGGGGUUCAUGUGGUUUGUUCGUUUUGGUUGCGCCUCAUGUAAUUUAGGUCGUCCUUGAUUGCAAUUAAACUGGAAAGUUUGAUUUUUUCUUUCCCCCCCCCUGGUUAGUCAUGGUCAAUUUGAUCGGUUGAUUGACUUCUGUAAUCUUGUCUGCUGCUGGUUUAUGCUUAAUUGUGCUAAGCUUUAAGUAUUCUAACUGUUUUGCAUGUGGGUUUUUGUUUACUGUAUGGUUGUGUUUGGGUUGGGGCAGGCGGAUGGUGGGGAUUAUUAUAGGUUCCUCUUUUGGAAUUCAGUAAACCCUUGUUUGAUUCAAUGCUUCUUGAAGAUGGACUAGUGAAAUUUUUGUAGUAGACUGGAAGCCGUUGUAUGUGAUGUUUUGUUUGUUAACACAGCAAUAAUUAAGCCUGAAUCCCAACUGGUGUUUGUUCAAUUGGCUAUAUAAAUUACUAUGGUUUUCUUGUUAUCUUUUUGGUCAAAAGAAUUGUAUUGUUUCGUGUAGGCUUUGUUUGUUAACGUGCGAAAGAAGAAUGAAAUAGAGCAACCUUUCUGUAAGUUUAGAUCUUUACUGAGAUAUCAAACAUUGACUUAUUGUUUUAAGUUACCAGAAUAAGAAAAAUCUGUCUUUUGGCUCGAUACUGUGCUUUUGGUUCGGAAAUGCAUAUGACAAUUAAUGAGACUUAUGGAAUUUGGUGAACCUUUAGAGUGGGUUCAUCAAGAUCAGGACUAUGUAUUUUGGAUGGAUAGAUGAUGUUCUGUAUAUUAAGAUGUAUGCACAAGUCUUCUUAUCUGUUGCCUGUAUGUUAAGUAUAGGUUUUUACCCUUGUGUUGCCAAGGUCCCAAAAUCUUGACAAAAUGUUUUCUUAUCUUUAUAUCAGCUAUUGAUUCGGGAGGGAGACCAUGGCAGGUUGUCUGCCAGGCAAUCCUCUUUCCCAUGGAAUCACAAAAAGUUCAGCCAGUAAUUCACCAGAGGAGCAAGUGUCUCUCACGCACAAAUGGUACUUCACCAAGGAAGAAAUUGAUAACCAUUCUCCAUCCCGGAAGGACGGAAUCUCCUUGAAAAAGGAGGCACAGUUACGAGCAUUGUACUGUGCAUAUCUGUCGGAUCUUGGAAUUGCAUUGAAUAUGCCUCAAAAGACCAUUGCAGUUGCAACGAUGUUCUGUCACCGUUUUUUCAUGCGCCAGUCUCAUGCUAAGAAUCAUUGGCAGGUGAGUCCUUUUGGUUAUUCUAUUUGGUGGAUUUUCAUUUCUUUACAGCAGGGAGUAUCUUCGGGUCACUUGAGACCAUGGUUUUGUCCUUUUUUUUGCCCCCUUCUUCAAUAUAAUUCUGAACCAUCAGUUAGUAUGUAAAUUUGAGUUGUGUACUGCUGAAUCUGAAAUGAUCAGAUGGUUUCCUGUAAACAUGUGAAGUGUAAUGUUCUUUUGUGGUUUAUUUUGCGCAUUAACUUUGUUUCAUGUGUAUCUUUCAAAUGAUUGAUUUCAUGAAUUCAUUUAUGAGUGCUGUAAGCUAAAUGAGACUUUCCCCCUUGAACACAUGAUAGUUUUUGCUAUAUAUUUUAGCGGACGUGAGUCUUUUUGGUAAUUUUUUUUGUAGUUUUUGGCUGAGAAUUAAUUUUGAUACUUGUUGAUGUUUUGCAUUUUCUAAGGCAAAGGUUCUCUUUUUCCCUGUAUAAUUUUGCGUUUGUAAUUUAUGAUGGGUUAGAGAAGUGAUUUUGAUUGAAUAUCAUUCUAACGGGAGGCUGUUCCUGUGUAUUCUCUCUCUUGAGCUGUGAAGCUUCCUGUAUGAUAUUCAAUCUGUUUGAAUAUAAAUUUGUUCAUAAUCAUCUUCAGCCUGGUUUGUCAGAGUAAGAGGAUAAAGACAUGCACAUUAAUAUAUAUAAUGUGCAGUGACACAUUUUUUUGGGGUAAUUUUCUGCCAUUCUUCAUGUUAUGGUUGCCUCUUUGCAGAGUAUUGCUGCUGCAGCCUUGUUCCUCGCCAGUAAAGCUGAAGAGACACCAUGUUUCCUGAGAGAGAUGGUUAUUAUGGCUGGCGAGAAGGCAUGUAAAUGGGAUCCUCUCGUCUCGCAGAAACCUCUUGCCCAACAGAAAAUUAGGCAGAGGGAAACUUAUGAUAAGCAGAAAGAAACUCUUUUACUUGGGGAACGGCUUCUGUUGGCCACUUUAGCUUUUGAACUGAGCAUUGAACUCCCAUACAAGCCUCUUGUUGCAGCUGCAAAGGAAUUGAAGAUUCCUGUUGAAGUGACUAAAGUGGCAUGGAAUUAUGUGAAUGACUGGGUCCAGACAACAUUAUGCUUGGAGUUCAAGCCUCAAUAUAUCGCAGCUGGAUCUUUGUAUUUUGCUGCACAACGUCAGAAGUAUCAGCUGCCAGACAAAAAAGGGAAUGUUUGGUGGAUGCAUUUCAGUGUUUCACCGAAACAAUUAAAAGUCUUCAUUCAGCAUAUGCAGAGGUUUGAUCUGUAUCAGCAAGUAUUGCCAUCCAGAGGCAGCCGCGGGAUGAUCAAAUCAGAAUGUAACAGUCAAAGUGCAUCACUUAGUAGCCCAGAGUCUUGUGUUUCAAAUGGCUCUAUUGCUGCUCAAGAACCAGAAAAUAGGACACAGCUGGAUUCUGAAGGAGCAUCCAAACUGUCCGAAGGUCACCAAAUAAAGAAACCAAUUGAUGUUCAAGCUGAUUUCAGAAAAGCAAAGGGUUGCCAGACUAGUAAUAAUACUAGUAGUCCUACCAGUGUUGUUGAAGAAGGAGAUACCGGCCCAAAAGUUGAAAAAUCUGAACAAAACUUGGGGUUGAAGCAUGCUUUUACCGACAGCCAUAAUAGCAUAGACAUUGAUCGAAUUAGGGAGAAAUUUAAAAAGAGGAGACUGGACAGGAAGAUGGAAAAGAAGGUAGAUUUGGAAAGCAGUUUUGACAUAGAUGACGAGGCCUGGAUAGAGAGAGAGAUUGAAUUUGGACUGAAGAAAUAAUUACCUCUCGCAAGAAGAGAUUCUGAUGCGGGAUUUGAUAUUCACCUUAUUUAAGCUGGAGAAUCUUGCCAGGAUUUGAAGAUCUGAAGAGAUGAUGUAAAGUGUACUGCUGGGUGGCAUAUUUAAGAAAUUGUAAGCUGACAGGUUUUAAAUUACUAGACUUUUCGGGAGUAGUGGAACAAGUAGGUUUACUAUGAUUUUAUGCCAAAGGAAGGGUAUCUUUUCGAAUCCUGGAUUACCAUUCUGGUCAUAUAUAGAUAUUUAAACUGGCUAAGCUUUGUAAGAAGCUUCAACAGUGAACUCUUUUGUAAAUGUAAAUAAUUUUCUGCAAUGACUCAGUUGUUCAGCCAGUGAUAAUUCCUUGGCAUUGUUGCAGUUUAUCUGCGUAUUUAGGUCAAACCAUUUUUUUUUUUUUUUUUUUUUUUUUUUUGUAUAGAAAGACUGGUCGAUUGAUAUGAAAUAUCUUAGAUUGAGAUACCUUUUUAGUCAGUCCCAAACUUUUGUCUUAGACUUAUGAAGUCUCUCUGUAGUCUUUACUGAUGUCUCAUCUGCAACCCUUCUGUAAGUUUUUCUUUUUCUGUCGUAGCACCAUUUAUACUGAUGUACACAGACUAAUGGCCUUUCUGUAAGUUAAUGAAGAGAGAAUUAACAUUUCCUUUUUGUUC